GCCCACCGGUUGGGAAGAGGCGUACACUUUUGAAGGUGCAAGAUACUAUAUCAAUCACAAUGAAAGGAAAGUGACUUGCAAGCACCCGGUCACAGGCCAGCCGUCUCAAGACAACUGUAUCUUCGUAGUGAACGAUCAGGUAGUUGGGAACAUGCCGGCAGAAGAUAAGAAGGAGCGGCCCGUGAGCAUGGUCAACGAAGCCAGCUACAGCCCGGCCUCCGACUACGCGCCCCACCCCAUGAGCCCCGCUGGCAGGACUUCACGGGCAUCCAAAAAAGUUCACAAUUUUGGGAAGAGAUCAAAUUCAAUUAAAAGGAAUCCUAAUGCCCCCGUGGUCAGGAGAGGCUGGCUUUACAAACAGGACAGCACCGGCAUGAAGCUCUGGAAGAAGCGCUGGUUUGUGCUCUCCGAUCUGUGCCUCUUUUACUACCGAGAUGAGAAAGAAGAGGGGAUUCUGGGAAGCAUACUCUUACCCAGCUUCCAGAUAGCGAUGCUUACCUCUGAGGAUCACAUUCAUCGGAAAUACGCCUUUAAGGCAGCCCAUCCCAACAUGCGGACCUAUUACUUCUGCACGGACACGGGGAAGGAGAUGGAGCUGUGGAUGAAAGCCAUGCUGGACGCGGCUCUGGUGCACACCGAGCCCGUGAAAAGAGUGGACAAGAUCCCUUCGGAAAGCGCCCCCCCUAAAGAAACCAAUAACAUCCCCAACCACAGACUGCUGGUGAAGCCCGAGGCGCAAAACAACCAAAGAAACAAGGACACGAGCAAACUGGACGACCGAAAGGCCUUAGAGGCGGAGAAGUACGGCUUCCAGAUGGACGGCCACGAGCGGCCGCUGACCAAGAUCAACAGCGUCAAGCUCACCCCCCUGCCGUCCGACUACGACGGGGCAUCACUGUACCCCAGGCCCAGCACCACCUGCAUCCCCGAUGGCAGGCCGGCCAAUGACCUCAGGCCUGGGGGUCACCCCGAAUCCAGCCGCAUCCUCCAGAGAACCAACUCCAUGCUACAGCUGGGACAGUGGAUUAAGAUCCAGAAGGACAGGAGUCUGGAGGAUGAACCCCGGGGCGUCAUUUCUUAUCAAACAUUACCAAGAAACAUGCCGAGCCACCGGGCACCGAUGCUCGCCCGCUACCCCGAGGGCUACAGAACGCUCCCCAGGAACCCCAAGGCCAGGCCGGACAGCCUGUGCAGCGCGGCCCCCUCCCUGCACGAGCGGCCCGAGGAGAAGCGGCGCUCGGUGCGCGGCGACACCAUGGCGCAGCUGUACCAGUGGCAGCAGCGGCAGGUGUGCGGCAAGCAGCCCACGCUGCCCCGGCCCGCCCCCGCCGAGCACGCCUCCCCCCCCCGCCCCCCUCCCCGCCUGCUCCCCGCAGCGCAGCCCCAGGCCCGGCCUGUCGCCAGAGGGGACGCCACCCUGGACCGCAGACACCGGCCCCACCACCCCAAGCACAUGUACGUACCUGACAGAAGAUCGAUGCCCGCCAGCCUGACCCUCCCUUCCGUGAGUUCGCAGAGUCUCCAAGGGAAAACGCCGGAGGAGCUCACGCUGCUGCUCAUUCAGCUGAGGCGGCAGCAGGCCGAACUGAGCAGCGUUCGGGAGCACACGCUAGCGCAGCUCAUGCAGCUCAAGCUCCAGGCCCACAGCCCAAAGAACGAAAUGCUUUCCCAUCACCUGCAAAGGAACACCAUGUAUCUGGACCACCAGAUGAAGGAGAACGAACCGGUUAUCACCAUGGUACACACCAUGAUCGAGAACUCGGCGCUCAGACCGCAGCUGUACCAGCAAGAGCUGGAGCGGGCGUGGAGGGAGUACGACAAGCUAGAGUAUGAUGUCACCGUCACCCAGAAGCAGAUGCAGGAACAGCUGGACCGCCUGGGAGAAGUUCAGACGGAGUCGGCCGGAAUUCAGCGCGCACAGGUCCAGAAGGAAAUGUGGAGGAUCCAAGACGUAAUGGAAGGCCUCAGCAAACACAAGCAGCAGAGAGGCUCCUGGGAACCGGGUGUGACAGGGGCAAAGCCCUUCUCCACAGUUAAGUACAGGAGUGAGGAAGAGGAGAGCGCCCCCCCUCGGCCUCCACUUCCUCGGUCUUAUGACUUUACCGAGCAUCCUCCCAUCCCCCCCCCUCUGUGCAGUGAUAGCCGCUCCUUGCUCUGUUAUAGCAGGGACCUAGCGCAUCUGCCUGAGGACAAGAGGCUGCCUCAAGCUCAAGGACACCCAAGAAAUGGACCUCACUGCGGUCCCGAUUAUAGGCUAUACAAGAGUGAGCCUGAGUUAACCACAGUGGCAGAGGUUGAUGAGUCUAAUGGCGAAGAAAAAUCUGAGCCUGUGUCAGAGGCCGAAACCGCAGCCAUCAAAGGGCCGCACUUUCCUGUGGGGAUCGUCCCCCCCAGAACCAAAUCCCCGACGCCCGAGUCUUCCACAAUCGCUUCGUACGUGACCUUGAGGAAAACCAAGAAGGUGCUGGACCUCAGCACGGAGCGACCGCGAAGCGCCGUGGAGCAGCUCUGCCUGGCAGAAAGUUCUCGGCCCCGGAUGACGGUGGAGGAGCAGAUGGAGCGGAUCCGCCGGCAUCAGCAGGCCUGCCUGCGGGAGAGGAGGAAAGGGUGGAACGUUCUGGGCACUUCCGACCCGCCCCCCUUACACAGCCCCUCCAGCCUGAGGGAGAACCCCUUCAGGAUGGUGCAGCCUCGGAGGAGGGACGACGGCGCGAAGGAGCCGGACGCCGUCCGUACGGAAAGCGACGGGAAGCCACUCCGUGAACCCCCCACGGAAGACGCUCUUCCCGCCACCGCCGCUGAGCCCCAAAGUCCAGACUCCGGCAAGGAGUUGAAGAGAACGGAGAAUGUUCUGUAUGGUGUGCUUUUCGCCCCUGAGCCCGAAGGGUUAAACCCUGAGGAAUCGGGGGACAAGGAGAGGAGCGAAGAAUCCGACCCUGUUGGAGCUACAUGCAGCCCCGGAGACGACGGGCGGAUCGCGAACCACGAAGCACUAGACAGCCCUGAAGAAGACUCCAAAAGCAGUGCUCCUGACCAGGAAGAGCCUGCGGCUUCCCGUGAGCCCACUCCCGAGGCCUCGAGAGAGAGUCAGACGCCCACCGUGCCAAGUCUGACCCCAUCUCCUGAGCCCUCGUCGCCAGAGCCACCUCUGCAGACAGAGCUCCCCGAAGGGUCACACUUCAUGUGUGUGUAGACCCUAGCCACCCCACCCCGACCGCCAUGACAAGACGUGUACAGAACGCCUUCACUCUCUGAAAUUCACCGAGCGACACCCGAUCAUUCCCGGGGAAAAACCGUCUCCUCCAAACAGCUUUAAGCACCCACCGGUCCCUCUGUAGCCCCCCCCAGCUUGCACCCCACCUGCCAAGCCCCGCCCCCUCCAUCCUGGGGUCUCUACCGCUCACCUCUUUUGCUUCUCCUUACAUAGCGUUAGUUAUUAUUUCCAAGGACCUGGGUC